CUUAUUCAACCUUGGGCUACUGUUGGAUCAUCAAUGGCUUGUUUGGAGCCUGUUAUUCCAGUUCGUGGAAAACCGUUAAAAUUUCCAAAUCUCGUGACUGGAUUUCAACGAAAUCCUGUUCAUGCAUCACAAUCAGCUCUUCAUACUCGUUAUACACCAAAUGAGUGGUUUCAAAAACAAAUAAAGUAUUAUAAUGAAGCUGAUGCUAAUACUUACUAUUCGGAGCGCAUAAGAAAUGACGCUGUAAAAAUUAUGCGAGCUGCAGAAGAAAAAAUUCAAAACUUCCAACAUGAUUCCGAUCGCAGAUUAGGCGAACGAAUCACUGACGUUACUUUUUGGAGAAAUGAAGUAGCAUCUGAAUUAGAAAGACUUAUUCAAGAGUGCGAAAGACUUCAAGAUUGUCGGGCUGUGUUAGAAAAAGCUGUUCAGGAUAUCGAAGGACCGCUACACAUUGCUGAAGAGUGUCUUUAUCAUCGAACUGAACUUGUACACGAUGAUUCAGAAAAAUGUCUUCUUUCUGAAUUAUCAAACCUUCGAUCAAGUCAAAAAAAAUUAGAAGCGUGUCUUGAUAGAGUCAAAGAUCAGUUACGAAACUGUCGAGCUUCUCAGAAUCAGCUACAAUUAGAUAUGAAAAAUAAAGAGAGCGCAUUAGGAAUUGAUACACUUUGCCAUCAAUUAAAUAAUUACAGUCAUGGUAUACAAUAUUAUUCGGGUAUUGAAAAAUAUGACCCAUGCGUUUCAGAACAAGAAACUUGGGCAGAUGCAGCUAAUAGAAUAGUUCAAAAGUCACAAACUGAACGAGCUAAAUCAGUCCAAUUGCGCGCUGAAGCAGAAUCAUUAGUCAAUCGUGUAUCCAGAGAAAUGUGGGAAUCAUGGACUUACUCCAAUAAUGCCUUGGCUCGUCGAAGCUCUGAAAUGCUGGAAGCUAAAAGUCAACUACAACAACAUCUUCACAAAGUUCAACAAGAAAUAUUUGAUGUUGAAAAAAAUAUGGAAGUACUGCGAAAAGCAAUUGCUGACAAGAGUUAUGCUCUUAAAGUAGCUCAUACUCGUUUAGAAGCACGAAUGCAUAGACCAGAAUUGGAGUUAUGUCGUGAUUAUGCUCACGUUAGCUUGCAGAAAGAAAUUGAAAAUGUAAAUCGAGAAGUUGACAAAAUGCACAGGAUGUUAAAGGAAAUAGAAUGUCAACAUCAACGAUUAUUACGAACAAGAAAUUCAUUGGAGCAUGAUCUAGCAUUAAAGAUAGACGCGAUGUAUAUUGAUAAAGAAAAAGUAUGUGGCUUACGGCGUGCAUACCCAGUUAACGCUCUCUUUAGAUUUUAA